UUUCUCACAUCAACUCACCCUUCAAUAUAUUUUUCAUCACUCUUCUUUUUACAGCUUCCUUAGUUACACUUCGAGAUACAAAAGAAGACAUAUCUUCCUUUCACUCCAAAGUCCAAAUCAUCAAGAAAACACUAGCAAACCGUUAAUUAAGUCAGCUUUUUGAACUUUGAAUAUGGAAAGAGUGAUGAAGUUGGGAGCAGAAAGUCCAGUGGUGAUUUUCAGCAAGAGUAGUUGUUGCAUCUCUCACAGCAUCGAAACCCUAAUUCGUAGUUUUGGUGCAAACCCUACAGUUUACGAGCUUGACGAACUUCCGAAUGGGAGGGAAAUGGAGAAAGCAUUGGUUGAAUUAGGGUGUAAGCCUAGUGUACCAGCAGUGUUCAUUGGGAAAGAAUUGGUUGGUGGUUCUAAUGAGAUCAUGAGCCUUAAUUUGAGGGGCAAUAAGCUCAAGCAACUGCUCAUAAGGGCUAACGCAAUUUGGGUAUAAUACUAAAUAUUACUGUGUGAGUUUAGACAAAUAGAUAGCUGGCCAGUAAUUGAGUAUUUAAUCAAACUGGCAUAGUUGUUGCUAGCUAUUUUUCUCACUUUACUACUUGAUGUAUUUGUGAGCUGAACUUGGAUAAUAAUAAUAUAAGCAUGUUUAUGUUUCA